UACAAAGUGCCAACGCUGGCUAAAGAGAAAGCAGAUAGUCGUGGAGGUGCUGGUAGAGGACAGGAGAUGGACAGCAGAGAGGAAAGGGGUAAAAAAGAGGAGAGAAAGGAAGCGGAGAAAAGAGAGGAGAGAAAGAUGAAAGAGGAAUCUCAGAGUAGCAGCAGCUCAGAGUCGGAGGAAGAAGGGGAGAAAGGGAAGAAGAAGUGCAAAAAGAAGAAAUGCACCUCAAGUUGCUCUUCUUCCUCUUCAUCCUGCUCUGGUUCAUCCUCAUCUUCUUCAUCAUCAUCAUCUUCGUCAUCCUCUUCGUCCACUGAUGACUCCUCCUGCAGCUCAGACGAAGAGAGGACCCUUACGCCCCCACCAGGCCCUGCCUCUCCUCCUCCGACAAAGGACAAACCAAAAGAAGAAACGAAAGAAGAAGAAGUGAAGAAGGAGGCGGAGGUAAAAGUGGAGGAAGAAGAGCUUUCUCCUCCCUCCCAAUCUCCCUCACCUUCAACCUCUCCUACUCCUGCUGCUCCUGCUCCAACUAAACCCGCUAAACCAGCCACCGGGAAAGGGUCCGGGCAAAGGGGUCGUCCUCCGAAACCAAAGCCCGGCGGAGGAGAGGGGAAGGUGGGGAGACCAAAGCGGAGAGAGGGGGUCCAUCUCCCUACAACCAAGGAGCUGGCUAAACGUCAGAGGCUUCCCAGUGUGGAGAACAGGCCCAAGAUUUCUGCUUUCCUUCCAGCCAGACAGCUCUGGAAGUGGUUUGGGAAACCCACACAGAGACGCGGUAUGAAGGGCAAAGCUAAGAAGCUCUUCUAUAAGGCUAUUGUGCGUGGCCGAGAGAUGAUCCGCAUCGGUGACUGUGCUGUGUUCCUGUCUGCCGGCCGGCCCAACCUGCCGUUCAUCGGCCGCAUACAGAGCAUGUGGGAGUCGUGGGGCAGCAACAUGGUGGUCAGAGUUAACUGGUUCUAUCAUCCAGAAGAGACAAAUCCCGGCAAGAAACUACCGACAAGAAGAACUGGGAUCAGAUGUGUGGUCAGUCUUUACCAGCAGCUCUGCAUUCUUCUAUCCAGAGAAAAGACUUCAUGGAGCGCGCCCUCUACCAGUCGUCUCACAGCGACGAGAACGACGUACAGACAGUCAGCCACAAGUGCCUGGUGGUAAGCGUGGAGGAGUAUGAGCAGAUGACCCACACGCGCCGCUAUGCUGACAGCGAAGACCUCUAUUACCUGGCCGGCACCUAUGAACCCACCACGGGCAUGAUCUUCAACACAGACGGAGUCCCAGUCCUCUGCUGAACAUACACAGAAACUCACUACGAGUUGCUGAAACCAAAUCUUGACCCGGCUUUCCUUCUUUGCAACUCACUGAGGAGUCAAACUCAACCCGUGGUCUUUCACAGUCUAAUCACUGAUCUUCAUUCAUGAUGGAUCUUUAACAGCCGUGACUCAUUGAACUCAACCGCUCCAAUACCAUGAUACACUUUAAACAGACUGUCAUGAACAGCCACUACUACAGAGACAGGAGACACUAGACAGUAUUAUAAGGAACAAGUCUCCUGAAACCUUUGCACACACAGACUCUAUUUCCACGUUAUGUUGUGCUUAUUGUGUUCAUGGGAAAGCUUCAGAACACACAAGCACCUCAGUCUCCUUUUACAUGUAAAUAAACACGCUCACACGUGCACAGACACAUGUAAAUACCCACCUCCAUGUAAUACACACAGUUAUAUAGAGGAAAUAUGAGUGUUUUAUUUUCUGUAAUAGAUUUAUGUCAGAGUACUUUUUUCUAAUGAGGUAAACAGUCGAAAAGCUUUAAUGAACUGUGAAUGAUGAUAUGGGAGAGAGGCCCGCCUCUGUCCGUCGGACAGACAGACACACGCCGGUGAUGUGACGUUGUGAUUAUGAUGUUGCUGUGGUGAUGUUACAUGUUACAGUCAUAUAAAUGUAUCUACAGAACAGCAGGAGCGACAGAUGCAAAAGAGAGAAAGAGACGCACAGAAAGAGAGAGAUAGAGACUCCUUCCAUUGCUGUCCAACAGAAGCACUUAACAAAAAAAAAACACUUAAAGUUUUAUCCUUGUUUAAUUUAACCCCUUCAAUUCCCCUUGACAAUCCUAACUCGGGCAGGCAAACCGUCUGUGUGCUACUAAUACUUCUGACUCCCUCAGAGACUCAGGUUUAAAGAGAGAGGAAGGAUUGUGUACUAAUAAACGCACUUCCCAUUUUCAUCUUUGUGUUCCUUGUCUUGAAGGAAAAAUCCACCCUGAAAACACUAUGAAACAAAAACAAGCUGCUGUUGAUGUAUUUUGUUGUUUGCACUGAGGUCAGACAACAACAGGGGGAGAAACAGAUACUAGAGGAGGCAGACUCCAGUUUCUCCACCUUAUAGAAGAAACCUCAAUAGAGACCCAGCACAGCUACGAGAUUUUGGGUCGGGGAUGUUCAGAAGCAUUCUGGGAAACAUAGGUUUGUUUUUCUUUUGGUAAGUAAAAUGGGUAACUAUGGGUAAGCUACAACACUUCUAGUAACUCCAUGAAUGCGCUGAACAAGGUGAGCAAAUGUAUUAAUGGUGUAGGAGUCCCAGAGGGUGGAUUUUUUCUUCUUUUUUUUUUUCUUAAGGCGUUUUUAGGGUUGUAAACAUGGCAAUCAGUCCAUGAUGCAUCAAGGUCAAGGCACUGAUAGUCAGCAUGAAGCUGCCAGCACUGAUUAGAUUACGAACAUAAUUCAGUUUUGACAGUCAUCUUCCACAGUUUGGCUUCGUUCAUUUUGGCUGCAGGGUUUCCAACCUCUGAAUGUCCUGUGUUCGAUGUAUUUUCUUUUUCUUUUGCUUCUGGUGUUUUAUGGGUGUCUAUCUUACCCCAGUUUGAUCACAUUUCACCCUUUCCGAGCAAUCUUCUUUGACAUGAGUGCACUUUGAAUGAGCUCCGCUGCAGAGGAGAGACUGACUUGGGAGUCUUGUAUGUUUUCCUUAGAGUAUUUGCUAAUGCCCCUCCCACCACUCUCGCGGCCUCUCCUCUGCAUGAUGCCCCUUCACCACAAACAAACACACGCCGCCACGUCCCUUUUUAUUCUUUUCGGCUCUCUUAGCUGCUUAUAAUUUUUUUUCUACGUGCCUAGUUUUUCACCGUUGUUAGGGUGAGACUGUUGAAUGUCGUGCUCAGGGUUGUGAGCGUUUGGGCGGUCUUACUCUCUCAGGCCUUAUGAUGAUGAUUUGCCAAAUCUCGCUUAGGUCCCGCCACCCCUACUCCAACCACCGUCCUCAGCUCCUUUUGGUGCCCGAGGAGUAAUCACAUUGGUAUAUUCCACAGUCUGCUGACUCUGGGGAAACACCUUUCUUCUUUGUGAUUUAUAGUUUAAACAACCCUCCGUUCCUGAGCGCUUAACUCACUUAGCUACACUAUUGUGUAUAGAGUUUGUAUCUAUAUACAGUAUAGUAUACUGUAUAUAUAGUAUAUAUCUGUGAUUAUCAUGUUGAUUUUCUUGUAUGUUUCUUACCAUGUUGCCCUCUUUCUGCUUUGCUGCAGAGAUUGAAGAUUGUCUUGUUGAUAUUCAAUAGGUUUAAUGUUUUCUACUCUUUGAGAUCUUUUGGUUAUGUCUGGAUGUGUCUGAUUUUAUUAUAGGAUAUGUCAUAUUUUUAACUCUCUCUGAGAUGGCUUCGUGACGUCUGGAUGACGGCCCAAGAUGUUAAUGUUGUUCAUAUGAGAUUUUCCCCAUAAAUGACAUGAAGACGUCUGCCAGUAUAGUAGCAUUUCAGUACACGUUCAUAUAAAAUCCAGACAUGACAGCCACCCAGUAAAGGAAAGAGUUUGAUAAUGUGCUGCUAGUCUAUUAGUAUUGAAAGUGGUGUAAAGCCAGGUACGGAGUGACUCUAUAUGCUGUUUUCUGAGAUUACUCAAUCAGUUGAUGCCAGAAAAUCUUAUCUGCUAAAGCCCCACCUGCUCCCCAUGCUGCUGCUCUUAUGUGUGCUCCCCUCAGGGCUGAAACCUGAUCGAACAUAUCUGCCCAAAACUCCCAUUUUCUGCUGACAAAAGUGUAAAAGUUUUGAGUGACAGUUUGCCAAAAUGGAUCUCCGACUGGUAUCUCAGCCGUGGGAGUGUAAUGGGUACACAGGUCGCAGCGGUGUUUGCAGAGUGAACAAGUGAACGUGCCCGUUAUGAAUGUUUGUUUACCCCUGGAGCUGCUAAAGCACUUUUUGCUGUGUGUGUGUGUGUGUGUGUGAGGGAGGGAGACUGAUAAGACAUCAUACUCUUAUCCCCUGGUAUUAACACAUACACACACACAAACACUUACACACCUUUGUAACCCUUUAAGGUGUGUGUUAUUGCCUUCCAAUCUCUAUUUGCCCCCCUAUCUCCAUCCAAAGCUCAGCCUUAGGUCUUCAAACAGGGUCCAGCACACACACACACACACACUUAUUGCCCACAUCGCCUUCAUUUUCUUUUGGUGUCAUAUGUUUUAAGAGCCUGACUUUGUAUGUGUUCUUUGAUCACCGUUAAUGUUUUACUUUGCCUUGUCUCAUGUUUUUGCUGUGAUUUGUUUUUAGAACUCUUUUGCAUGUUUCCGUCAUGUUUUUCUUUUUCAUCCCUUGCUUCCCCUCUCUGAACAAUCGUCCACGCCUCUCAAGCAAUACUGCUGACAGGCACUGGGAGCUAGCUGCUAGAGAGAGAGAGAAAGAGAGAGCGCAAAAGAGAGAAUGGGAGAGAGAGAGAGUGAGGUGGACUGGAGGCUGGUUCUUCGUCUGCUGUUCCUUCAGUAUCGUCCUGUUACAGAUUUAAAAAGAAAAAAAGAUUAUUUUGAAAGUGAACAGAAAAAUCUUCUAAGUUUUGUAAAUGCUCCUUCAGUGUCGAGGGAAAAAAAGAAUAUACUUUGUACACAUGUCUUAUCUUGUAAAAAUGCAAAAAGAAUACAUUUUAGAGAUAAAUCUGAAACCAGAUAUAUUCUGUCACCCUAUAAUAUGUGUAAGGACUGUUUUUUUCCUCUUUUUUUUUUUUUUUACAGACAGCAACCACAUUUAUCAGUGUUUCUUUUAAAUUGUUUUAGUAACUCAAUAUUUUAUAGUUAAUCAAUAAACAGAUGUAACUGUA